CUCUUCGCGAUCUUCUAUUCUCCAGGCGAAGGUCCAGUGCCGUUGACGUACUCCACAGAGGCAUUCCCUCUCUGUAUCCGUGAUAUCAGCAUGUCCUUUGCUACUGCGACCACUUGGUUCUGGAACUUCAUUCUGUCAAUCACUUGGCCUUCGCUCGUCUUGGCCUUCAAACAACAAGGUGCCUUUGGCUGGUACGCAGCAUGGUGCUGUAUUCUCUGGGUGCUCAUCUUGUGA